CGGGCCGCACAAAGCUGGACCAGAGGCAGCAUUCGCAGCAGCAGAAGACGACGACGCCGACGCGCGCGGAGCUCGAGAGAGGCUGACGACGAGGACGACGACGCCGGUGGCCAUGUCGGCGGAGACGGAGCGGAGCUCCACGGAGUCGUCCGCGGCGUCCGGGCUCGACUUCGAGGACACCGCGCUCACGCUCACCCUGCGCCUGCCCGGCGACCCCGACCGCAAGCGCGGCGCCUCCUCCUCCUCCUGCUGCUCCCUCGCCGACCGCUCCUCCCUCCUCGCCGAGGCUCCGCCGGCCCCCAAGGCGCGGGUGGUGGGCUGGCCGCCGGUGAGGUCGUUCCGCAAGAACGCGCUCGAGAACGUCGCCGCCGGGUCCACCAGGGCGGCCUGCGCGCCGGCCAAGUUCGUCAAGGUGGCCGUCGACGGCGCGCCCUACCUGCGCAAGGUGAACCUGCGGGACUAUGCCGGCUACGACCAGCUCCUCCGCGCGCUCCAGGGCAAGUUCUGCUCCCACUUCACCAUCAGGAAGUUCGCGAAUGACGAGAUGAAGCUGGUGGACGCGGUGAACGGGACGGAGUACGUGCCCACCUACGAGGACAAGGACGGCGACUGGAUGCUCGUCGGCGACGUCCCCUGGAAGAUGUUUGAGGAAGCCUGCCAACGCGUCCGCCUGAUGAAGAACUCCGAGGCCGUGAACAUAGCACCCAGAGCUGCCCGGUGAGGCAUGCUACGGACGGUGCUGCCUGAAAGGAGGAGGCUUUGCUCUGCCGAGGAGAUAGGAAUGUGUACAGCUAUCGGUUACUUACUGCUUUGGGUUUACUUGAUGCUCUUGGGUCGUGAAAAGUUGUUGGUUUCAUUACUCGUCUGUAGCAGCACCACUAUAGUCUCUACUACUACCACAUAUAGAAGAUGGUGAUGGUGAAAGAAAGUACUGGGAGCUUGAAAUAUACACCUUUUUACAUAUAGUUUGUUGGUUUGUUUGUUUGUCUCUUGAUGAAUAAGACCAAACUUGCAUUACUCGGUGUUCUCUGCGCACCGUCGCGAGCGAGGUUACCUGUGACACCACAGGUGUUGCCUUUGGCUUUGCCUUGGUAAAUCUGAGUUUUUUUGUGUGUG